AUGAAGGUCGUCUCCGUACCCUCUCCAUUAAGUCUCUGGACAACCGUACGCUCGGUUAGUGCAUUCAAUGUCGCAUGUUCAUUUGUUGCAUUAUGGGCUCUCGUCAAAGUCCUAAGGGCCUUUCGCUGGCGAUUGAAGACGACUCAACUGCGGGGUCCGCCUCGCACCAGCUUCAUAUAUGGUGUUUCGCACGACCUCGUCGCAUCUCAAGAUAGUGGUGGAAUGUAUGAACGUUGGGCGACAGAAUAUGGGGUCGCAUAUAUGAUUCCGAGCGUUUUCGGACAGACUAAAACCGUGUUGUGUGACCCAAGAGCUAUAGCACAUUUCUACGCCCGAGAGACAUGGACAUAUGUGCAUACGCCCCUUUCGUUGAGGGCUCUGGAGUCAUUCAUCGGCAGAGGGCUGUUAUGGUCUCAGGGUGAAGACCACAGGAGGCAGCGGAAGGCCCUCACUCCAGCUUUCAGCAAUGCAGCGAUUCGGAAACUCACAUCAGUGUUUUAUGACUCAGCAUACAAGGCCAAAUGUGCAUGGGAUACUAUUAUAGAAUCGAGCAAAGAUGGCGACGCUGUCAUCGAGGUUCAGAACUGGAUGAAUCAUAUAUCUCUGGAUACGAUUGGCAUUGCUGGUUUCUCCCACGAUUUUGGCUCGCUCGAUGGAAAGCGAGCCAGCGUGACCGAAGUAUUUGAUACUUUCGGAAGCAACCAAAAGGCUUCAGCAGGGAACCGAAUUCUUUUCCUGCUCGCAUCAACGUUUCCUAUCGUGAUCAAGAUCCCCACCAAGCGGAGGAAUCUGGUCAAGAAACUUGGCGUAGCCAUGAGCGAAAUAUCCAACGACUUGUUGAUUCGCAGCCGCCAGGAGAAGGAUGUGAAUGUGGGCGAGAGAGACGAGGAGAAGUCCAUCAUCGGAUUGUUGAUUAAAUCCGAAGGCCAGGAUGCCGAGCUUCGUAUGUCGGAGGAAGAAGUAAUGGCUCAGAUGAGGGUCCUGCUUCUUGCUGGUUAUGAGACGACAUCUAUCAGUCUUACGUGGGCGCUGAUCGAGCUAUCGCGACACAUGGAUGUUCAAACCAGACUCAGAGAGGAACUGCUUGUGUUUGGCGCUGAUCCGACAUAUGACCAGUUAAAGGCCAAUCUCCCAUACUUGGAUGCGGUUGUCCAUGAAAUUCUCCGACUCCAUCCUCCGCUGGGCGAGUUCACCCGUCUUGCAGCGGCAGAUGACGUUAUUCCCUUGAGCGAACCUGUGCGCACGGUGUCCGGGGAAAUGACGGACAGUAUAUGUAUAGCGAAAGGGACAUUGAUCACGAUAUCAAGCGCGGCGAUCAAUCGCUCUUCGGCCAUAUGGGGACCUGACGCAAAGGAAUUUAAGCCUAAUCGUUGGCUGACUGAAGACGGGAUCAGUGGGAAGGCCAAGGAAGUCCAAGGUCAUAGGCAUUUGCUGACAUUCGUCGACGGCCCGAGGACGUGUCUCGGAAAAGAUUUUGCGAUUGCGGAAUUCAAGACAGUUUUAUUAGUUCUGGUGAAGAAUUUCGUGUUUGAGAUGCGGAAUGGAUCUGAUACUCAAGUCGAAAUUGCGAGUGGAUUUCUUCCCCGUCCGCGGGUUGUUGGAGAGGAUGGCAUUGGGGUACCUUUGAGAGUUCGUCGGUAUGAAUGAUUGGUUGCGCUGCACUAGCAAUUUUACUGUAUUUUCUCCCACUUGUCCGCGGCUGAAACCCUCGUACUGUAUUUCAUAUGAGCACUAUAUAGUUCUGUAAUGCUGUCCUUGUUAUUCUUUCUGCUGCCCAGUGGAGUAUUCCCAGACCCAUGGUGUUGGAGUGAUAAGUAGUAUGCGAAAGCUGAUAAAUUACUUCUAUGAACAUUCUGGUCGAUUUGCUCGUCUUCUUCCCCUGUAUGGAUCUUCCCUUCUGGCAUCGGCUGGUUGGGUGCGGUACUAGUUGCGGGCUACAUGGGCGAGGGGGAUGAAAGACGAUCGAAAAUCAACAACUUGAAAACCUAUGCCAGACGACAGCAAUACAAUAUAGUAGAAUUACA